GACGUCGUCGCUGUAUCGUUGCUUGGCCGUCGCCACCUAGUGUCAUUCGAGUUUUGUCCAGUUAGCGCUCCGCACAAAGUGAAGGAGACGUUGUGAAGCGCUGUUUGGCAACGAAGAAGCAGACACAGCAGAAGCAGCCGAAGAUCCAAAAAAAUUUAGUAUAACCCGCACCCCACAGCAAACUAAGAGGAAUCAUCACCAUAUGCAAAUAUGGAUUUCCACAUACUGAUUGUCAUUGGUUGUGUGUUCACGGCAUCUCUGUUGUCCUUUCUGUUCAUCAACAAGAUCUUUCGGCGUAAGACCUUCGAGGAGGUUGUAGCCGAGAAGCGCGCACUCAGCGCCAAUUUGUAUGCUCAGAAUAAAUCUGGUGGCAAUGCAGCCUCCCAGCGGAAGCCCAAGAAGAAGGAGCUGAAGCGGGAGAAGAAGCAGCGUCAGCGUGAACAGCAAAAGGAUAAUGCCAGUAGCAACAACGAGCAGGACGAACAGGAAGACUUCUCUGAUGGACAUUCCGAAGAGCAGAAUUUGGAAGAGGAACCCGGUUUGUCCAAGCAGCAUGUAGAAUUCGAUCCGGACCCAGAAGUGUUGAACGAGCAGCGUCGCACUAGCGUCAAUGCUGAGAAGGAGAACCAAGCCAACAAUAAUAACAUCAACAACAACACCAAGAAGGGCAAGAAGGACAAACGCAAUGGAGCUGGACCCAAGGCAGCUGCAGCUACGGCUGCUGUCGGCAUUCUGGUCAACAAGAAUGAAGCGAUCAAUGUUAAGCAGUCGCCAGUUGAGGAAACGCCCGUGUUGAACAACUUUGAGGCACGUCCACCCAAGGAUGUCGUCGAGCUGAAGAAGCAGGAGCAAAAGGAACGCAAGGAGGAGAACACCAAGCAGCAGGCUCAAAAAGGAAUGGCGGCGCUGCUGCCAAAAAAGGAGAAACCAACCGCUGCUGCCGUGGCCCUCAUCAAUGCUGCCAUUGAACAGCCUGUUGAGGUGCCACAUGUGCCCAAGCAGCAGCAGGUGCUCAAGCAACAGCAGCAAAUCGGUUCACCCAAAUUGCAGAACAAUGUGAACAAGAACAAGCAACAGGUCAACAAGAAACAGCAGAAGGAAACAACUCUCGCAGCCAAGGAUCUUGUCCAGGCCCUCGACAAGCUCGCCGAGCAUCAGACCAUUGGCGUCUCGGCUCUGAUGAAUGUCUUCUCGCGUGCCGAACUCAAUCGCUCCGAGAUACAAAUACUCAUUGAUUAUCUGUUGAACAAACAGCAAGAUAUGCCCGCUAAUCAUGGCGAUUGGUCCGAUGACAUCUGCCAGAAACUAAAGCGUCAACUCGAGGAGAAGGAGAAACAACUGGCUGAGGAACAGGAGGCCUCCAUUGGCAUCCAGGCUAAAUUGCGUGAGCUGCGCCAAGAGGUGAAUACCGAGCGUGCUCAAAUGCAUGGACGCAGCCAGGCCUACAACGACAAAUUGGCCUCAUUGAAUCAGGAUCUGGCCAAUGCCAAUGACAAAUUGACCGCAUUGGGUCAGGAUCUGGCUGCUGCCAAUAAGGAGCGUAAUGAGUUGCAGGCCAAAUUAUUGCACGAGAAACAGGCCAGCUCGCAAGAUCUGUUGCUACAGUUGCAGCGUCUGCAGCAGGAUCUGGUGCACAAGGAGAAGGUCAUUGCGGAAAUGACGAGCUUUUUGAACGCCGAGUCACAACAAAAGAACGAGCUGAUUCAACAGCAGACAAAGCAACUGCUCGCACUGGAGCAGCAGCGCGAUGAGCUCGAGGCUCGCCUCAAUAACAGUGUCUUUGAGCUGGAGCAGCGCAAGCAGCUCGAAACCCAGAACACUGAACUCCAGCUGGAGCUGCGCAAUCUGAACAAUGCUCUUGAGACGGCUAAGGCCGAACUGUUGCAAUCCCAGGCCGACCUGCAACGCGUCUGCAGCACAGAAUUGCCCGAGUUGCGUCAACAGACGGCCGCUCUGGAGGCCAGCAAUGUCACACUCAACCAGCAGUUGAGCCAGGCCAACAGUCAUGCAGUCCAGGCGAAUGCCCAGCAAUCGGAGCAGGCCCAAGCACAGUCCGAGGCUCUCACUGCACUCCAAGCCGAGCUGCGUGCCCUCAACGAUGUCCAGGCCACACAGAAACAGCAGAACAGCACGCUGCAGUCGCAGCUUGUGGAGGCACAACAGCGUGCCGAGCAGCUGCAGGGCAAGGAGAAACAGUUGCAGCAGGAGCUGCAAGAGCAGCGCGAGAAGAAUAAUCAACAACACAAGCAGCUGCAGGAGCAACAACAAUUGCAACAGCAGCAGCAGCAGCAACAACAAAAGUCCGCAGCUGCUGCCAAUGGCGCUUUGAGCGGUGGCAACUCGGCAAAGGGUGAACAGCAACGCAUUCGCGAGCUGUACCAGCGUUUGUAUCCGGAUGCAGUUAAGGCGCAUGCGGGCAACGCACUCAGCGCCUCCUUUGACGAGUGGCUGGAGCAGGUGCUGGCCACACACCUGAAGCAGCAGCAACAGAAGCAGCUGCUACUCGCAGCCCAGAGCAGUAGUAAUAAGUCCACACAAUCAACAAACAAUGGCAGCAGCAACAGUAGCAGCAGCAGCAGCAGCGAACACAACAGCAACAAUAAUACCCACAACAAUAUUAGUAGCAAUAAUAGUAAUUCGAAUAGCAAAUCCCUCUUCGUUAGUGCUGCCGAGCAGCAAGAGCUGCAAACACAGAACCUAAAGCUGCGCAAGCGCAACGACGAACUCACGCAGCUGGUCACAAAGACGAGCAACACUCUGAUUGACUUGGAGCAGCGAGCACGCGAGCAAGACGAUCACUGGCGUGGCAUUGUUAGCCAAAAGGAGCAGCUCAUCUCGAAGCUGCAGCAUGCCUCAAAUGGCGAGCAAGACAUUUAAUGUCGCCGCAGUUGGGAGUUUGUUGCCCCCUAUAAAUAAAUAAAUUCAGCAGAACCACAACGACGAUUUAUAUGGACAACAAUCAGAGCGUUUGUCGAACUUCCACAAAAAAAAAAAAAUAAGAAAGCAGCAACUCAACAACAACAAUUCUAACAAUCUAUUAAGUUUAAAGUUUAAUAUUACAAUUACAAAAUACUUGAAGAAGCAACACUAAAACACACAUAAAAAGAAGCAUAAGAAAGAAAAUGGAACAAAAAGAGAAAAUAUAAUAACGAGCCCAACAACAGCAACAUUUAACAUUUUAAAGUAGUAAAAAAAAAGAAAAACAAAAAAAGAAAAUAUGAUGAAAUUAAGUAAUGCUUUAAUGAAUUAUAUAUACAUAAACUAAACAAGCAAGUAAGAAGAAAAACAAAACAAACAAAAAAAAAAAAACAUAAAAUAAUACAAAAAGAAAAAAAAACUU